CGGGCAGCGCAGUGCAGCGCCGAGCGGGGCCCGCGGGUCCAUGAGGAGGCCCCGGGACCAUGGGCUCCAGGAUCAAGCAAAACCCAGAGACUACGUUUGAAGUAUAUGUGGAAGUGGCGUAUCCUAGGACAGGUGGCACUCUUUCAGAUCCUGAGGUGCAGAGGCAAUUCCCGGAGGACUACAGUGACCAGGAAGUUCUACAGACUUUGACCAAGUUUUGUUUUCCCUUCUAUGUGGACAGCCUCACAGUUAGCCAAGUUGGCCAGAACUUCACAUUUGUGCUUACUGACAUUGACAGCAAACAGAGAUUCGGGUUCUGCCGCUUAUCUUCAGGAGCCAAGAGCUGCUUCUGUAUCUUAAGCUACCUUCCCUGGUUCGAGGUAUUUUAUAAACUCCUUAACAUCUUGGCAGAUUACACGACAAAACAACAGGAAAGCCAGUGGAAUGAACUUCUUGAAACUCUGCACAGACUUCCCAUUCCUGACCCUGGAGUGUCUGUUCACCUCAGCGUGCAUUCUUACUUCACUGUGCCUGAUAGCAGAGAGCUUCCCAGCAUACCUGAGAAUAGAAAUCUGACAGAAUAUUUUGUGGCUGUGGAUGUGAACAACAUGUUGCACCUGUACGCCAGCAUGCUGUAUGAACGCCGGAUCCUCAUCAUCUGCAGCAAGCUCAGUACCUUGACAGCCUGCAUCCACGGCUCGGCUGCCAUGCUCUACCCCAUGUACUGGCAGCACGUGUACAUCCCUGUGCUGCCCCCACAUCUGCUGGACUACUGCUGUGCUCCCAUGCCCUACCUCAUAGGAAUCCAUUUAAGUUUAAUGGAGAAGGUGAGAAACAUGGCCCUAGAUGAUGUUGUGAUCUUGAACGUGGACACCAACACCCUGGAAACUCCUUUUGAUGACCUCCAGAGCCUCCCAAAUGAUGUGAUCUCCUCCCUGAAGAACAGGCUAAAGAAGGUCUCCACAACCACAGGCGAUGGGGUGGCCAGAGCCUUCCUCAAGGCCCAGGCUGCUUUCUUUGGCAGUUACCGGAAUGCACUGAAAAUUGAGCCAGAAGAACCCAUCACCUUCAGUGAGGAAGCCUUCGUGUCCCACUACCGCUCUGGAGCCAUGAGACAGUUCCUACAGAAUGCCACACAGUUGCAGCUCUUCAAACAGUUUAUCGAUGGCCGACUAGACCUUCUCAAUUCCGGUGAAGGUUUCAGCGAUGUCUUUGAGGAGGAGAUCAACAUGGGAGAGUAUGCUGGCAGCGAUAAACUGUACCAUCAGUGGCUGUCUACAGUCCGGAAAGGAAGUGGAGCGAUUCUGAAUACUGUAAAAACAAAAGCUAACCCAGCCAUGAAGACUGUCUACAAGUUUGCAAAAGAUCAUGCAAAAAUGGGAAUAAAAGAGGUGAAAAACCGCUUGAAGCAAAAGGACAUCACUGAGAAUGGCUGUGCGUCCUCUGCAGAAGAUCCACUGCCAAAGACCAUGCCAUCUCCACAGGCAGAGGCCAAGGACCCCAAACUUCGAGAAGACCGGAGACCAAUCACAGUCCACUUUGGGCAGCAACAAAGACUCCAUCCCACUCGGCCACCGCCUCCCAAGAUCCAGCGCUCAAGGCCCGUACGACCGCCUCGUCCACACGUUGCCAAGAGACCCAAGAGCAACAUGACUUUGGAAGGCCGGAGGACGUCUGUCUCAAGCCCUGAGCACUUGGUAAAGCCCUUGCGACACUAUGCUGUCUUCCUCUCUGAAGACUCCUCUGAUGAGGAAUGCCGACGGGAAGAGGCCCCCAGCACUGGCUUCACUGAAAGCCUUUUCUUCUCUGCUCCCUUUGAAUGGCCACAGCCAUACCGGACAUUGAAAGAAUCAGACAGUGCAGAAGGUGAUGAGACCGAGAGUCCAGAGCAGCUAGUUCGGGAACCCUGGGGACCUAGCCCUGCUCCACCUGACCGAGCUGCCAGCAUUGACCUUCUAGAAGAUGUCUUCAGCAGCCUAGAUGUGGAGGCACCACUGCAGCCACUGGGCCAGGCCAAGAGCCUAGAGGAUCUCCGGGCCCCCAAAGACUUUCGGGAACAGCCAGGGAGCUUUGAUUACCAGAGGCUGGACCUGUGCAGAAGUGAGAGGGGCCUCAGCACGGUGGCAGCUCUGAAGCUUGCUCAUCCGUACAGUAAGCUCUGGAGUCUGGGUCAGGACGAUAUGGCCAUCCCCAGCAAGCUCUCCAUGACCUCCCCUGAGAAGCCUUCAGCUCUGCUUGGUACUUCCCCAGCCCUGCCUCUCAGACCCCAGAACCAGGAGGGCAUCCUGAGACCCAGCAUCAAGGAGGAGACUCCCAUCCCAACUCCCGGCAGCAUCACCAUUCCCAGGCCACAAGGCAGAAAGACCCCUGAGCUGGGCAUCGUGCCUCCACCACCCACUGCCCGGCCAGCCAAGCUCCAGGCUGCUGGUGGCCCACUUGGUGACUUCUCCUCAGAGCCGCUACAGAUGGACCGGGAAAGACAAGCUGCUCUGAGCCCAGGCCUCUUGUCAGGGCUGCUCCCCAGAGCUGUCUCCCAAGGCCCCCCAGAACUUCUGCAGCCACCCAGCCCAGCCCCAGGAGCUGCAGGCACAGGCAGUGACGCCCUGCUUGCUCUCCUGGACCCACUUAAUACAGCCUGGACAGGCCACACCAUCCCAUCCCAUCCUGCUACCCCUAGUGUAGCCACCCCAUUCACCCCCCAGCUCAGCUUCCCCCCAACGGUGACACCCACUCCUUUUGCACAGACACCACUUAAUCCCUUUGUCCCAUCUGUGCCAGUAGUACCACCCACCAUGCCCCUGAGCUCUACACCAGCCAGGCCUUUUGGGACCCCUCCAGCAUCCCUGGGGCCAGCAUACACACCUAGCAUUCUAUUGUCUGGUUCUAGCUUCUAUGCCCCUCACAGAUCUCAGCCCAACCUCUCUGCUCUCUCCAUGCCCAACCUCUUUGGCCAGAUCCCAGUGGGUGCCCACACUAGUCCCCUGCAGCCACUUGGCCCCCCAGCGGUUGCUCCCUCCAGGAUCCGAACAUUGCCUCUGGCCCGCUCAAGUGCCAGGGCUGCUGAGGCCAAGCAGGGGUUGGCCCUGAGACCUGGUGAAUCCCCACUGCUGCCUCCCAGACCACCCCAGAGUCUCCAGCCAACCCUGCAGCCCCCUGCUUCUGCACAGGUCAGAGACCCCUUUGAGGAUUUGCUACGAAAAACCAAGCAAGAUGUGAGCCCAAGCCCAGCCCCGGCCCUGGCCCCAGCCCCCACCUCCGUGGAGCAGCUCCGCAGGCAAUGGGAGACCUUCGAGUGAGCAGGCCUUAUGCCACUGUCCAGUACAGUGCCUCCCCAGUGUCCUGUUUCUGACCAGGUUUCACUGGGGCAAAAGGACUCUCUCUGCCCCCUCUCCUCCACAGCCCAUCUCUGAGGCCUGGCCCUGGGAAUGGUACCAUCCCAGAAGAGCUGUCUGCCACCACCGUCAGCACUGACCCUGUGUGGGCUUUGCACUAUAUGUCAACUGGGCCAGCCAUAUCUUACCACCUUCCUCCUGCGGCCCAAGAGGAGUCAAGAAGCUCAAGGCUGCUCUCAAGCCCAGCUCUCCUCCUUUGCUGGGCCCUACCCCACAGGGCAGAUGUCAGUAACACCCUGUGUAAGCACAUCUUUGGGGGACACAGGUGUUUGGGGGGCUGAAGCGAGGACCACCCCUGAGCUGGCAUGUCUCCCUGGUGGUCAUCUCCAAACCUCUCUAGCAAUAUACUCUUCUGAGUCUUCACCUAAGCACCAAACUGGAGUUGUUCCUGAAGGCCUGGGGUCUAGAGACCUAAUGGUCAGCAAACCCUGCCCAGCCAGCCCUUCUAGAGGUUGGGAACACCAGCAACUCUAUAAAAGAACCCCCAAAUCUGAGUCUUGGGAGCUGCCCUCAGCUCUCUGCCACCCUCAUACCUCUGGGCUUUCAUGUCAAUCAAAGCUCAGGCUCUGCCUCCUGCCACUUGACCCAGAUUCCAACUCAAAGGACAAGCUUCCUGCCACAGACAAAGGGGGAGGCACAGCUAUUUGACCUCCUGGGUCGGGAUCAGGUAGGGCCCGAGAGUCCCCUGUGGAGUGAAUACAUGUGGCCUCUAAGCCUGGGGCAAGUGGGGGCCUGGAAGCCAGCCCUCCCCACUGUCUCCAGCUUCACGCCAGUGCAGAAAUUCCUGAGCCCAAGUCACCAAAGUUAUAAUGAAAUGUUUUGUUAUUGUUUCUUUGAUCUUGCUUUUCCUUUUUACCUUAUUGAUUUGAUGAAUCUUGAAAAUUGAUUCCUUUCAAUAAACCAAGGUAAAACACAGA